AUGCGCCUCCUCCCCGCCCUCCGCUUCCGCCCCAAUGUCCCACUUAUCCGCACCGCGCACCUCUCCACCUCUCCAUCCCUCAACAAUGGCAAAUCCCUCCCGCCCCGCACCCCCCUCCUCGACGCGGAUCUAAUCGAGAACUUCCUCAAAGGCUCCGGCCCGGGUGGGCAAAAGAUCAACAAAACCUCCUCCGCCGUUCAGCUCAAACACAUUCCCACUGGUAUCGUAGUCAAGUACCAGGAUACGCGGUCAAGAGAGAUAAAUCGAAAGAUGGCGAGGCGGAUUCUGCAGGAAAGAAUUGAGGAGAUGGAGUUGGGGGAGGGGGCGCGGACGAGGGUUAAGGCGAGGGAGAAGGCGAAGAAGAAGGCGAGUAGUGGGAAGAAGGCUAGGAGGAAGUAUAGGGCGCUCGCGGGGGAGAAGGAUGGGGGUGGUGAGGAAGGGGAGAGUGGGGAGGUAGUGGAUGGGAUUGAACAGGGGGAAGAAGUAGAGGACAAGGUUGAGGGUGCUGAUAAGAGUAAGACGGUUGGUGGUUGA